AUGGGAAGCAUUAAUCCCCCCCAAAUCCUCGACAUCCGUCGAAGCAAAUUUGAAGAGUCUAUCCCAAAACAAGUUGAAGCGGGACUGUUAUCUAGCCCAAAGACCCUUCCGGCACUUCUUUUUUAUAGCACUGAAGGAAUACAACAUUGGAAUCGCCAUUCCCAUGCGUCUGAUUUCUAUCCCAGACAUGAAGAAAUUCAAAUUUUAAAGGACAAGGCUACAGAUAUGGCGGCAUCAAUCGCAGAUGGGAGUGUUGUUGUUGACCUCGGAAGCGCAAGCCUAGACAAAGUCAUACACCUUCUAGAGGCCCUAGAAGCUGCUCAGAAGAAAGUCACCUACUAUGCGCUGGAUUUGAGCUUUUCAGAGCUCACCUCAACCUUACAAGCCAUACCAACCGAUCAAUUUGUUCAUGUGCAGUUUUCUGCCCUUCAUGGCACAUUUGAUGAUGGCCUUCAGUGGCUAAAAGAAACCCCUGUUAUCCGGGACCAACCACACUGCCUUUUGCUGUUCGGAUUAACAAUCGGAAAUUUUUCCCGCUCAAAUGCAGCGAAAUUUUUGCAUAAUAUUGCCUCUCACGCUCUGGUUGAGUCUCCUUCACAGAGCUCCAUUCUACUGACACUAGAUAGCUGCAAGGUCCCUACCAAAGUUACCCGGGCCUACACAGCAGAGGGUGUCGUUCCGUUCGCAUUGGAGUCACUCAAGUAUGGCAACACUCUCUUCCAGCAGGAUGGAGGAGAAAACGUCUUUGAUCCCGAAGAUUGGUAUUUCCUCAGUGAGUGGAAUUACGUGCUUGGAAGACAUGAAGCAUCAUUGGUACCUCGAUCAAAAGACAUCAAGCUCGGGCGGCCUCUGGACAAAAUUGUGGUAGGCAAACACGAGAAGGUUCGCUUUGGGUGCAGUUACAAAUACGACUCUGAGGAGCGGAAGGAACUCUUUGGAACUGCUGGGUUACGCGAUGUGAAGUCGUGGUCGAAGGAAGGUUGUGAUGUGGCAUUCUACCAGCUGAAGUGUUGUCCAAACUAG